AGAACCAGUGUGUUGUGGACGCACCGGAGCUACAGCUUCAAGCGAGCCAUCGCUAGUGAGCAGAAAUGGACAAAAAAGGGCGUAUUUUGAACGGCAAGUUCAAUUUUAAAGCAAUGCCAGAUGGAUCUCUUGACAAGACCAAAGUAAUUUGUAUUUACUGUCGAUGUGAACUGCGUUAUCACCGUAGCACGUCCAGUCUCAAAUACCAUUUGCUAGCCAAGCACACAGCUGAAGCAGAGAAUCUCCCUCGCCAAAUGCAGACCAUGCUGGAUAGCUUUCAAAGGAGACGAAUGGACAAUUCUACAACCAACAAACUUUCAACAGCCAUAGCAAAAUGGGUGGCUACAGCUUGGAGGCCGAUUGACAUUGUGGAGGAUGAGGGGCUACUUGAAAUAAUUCGCAUAGCGUCCAACGACUGCACGUAUGAAUUGCCUUCGAGAGCCACCACUGUAGCCAAGAUCCACAACUUAUACGAAGAUGAGAAAGCCAAAGUCGAGGAGGCUUUGGGGCAGACCAAUACGGUUGCACUCACCGAAGACUAUUGGACUUUUCGAAGUAAUCACAGUUACCUUGGAAUAACAGCACAUUAUCUUUCACCACAGUGGGAACUAAAGUCGCAUGUUCUGACUGUUAUGGAAACUGAGGAGCAGCACUUCGCCGACACGUGCGCCGAGCAAUUUCUGCAGGUAGCUAGACAGUGGGGGAUUGAACAUAAAGUCAGCACGCUGACCACUGACGGUGCAUGCAACAUGGUUGCAGCGGCCAGUCAGCUACCUGUAGAGCAUAUGCCUUGCAUCGCACACAGCCUCCAUCGAGCCAUCACAGUUUCUCUACAGAACAGUCCAUUUAACAGCGCAUUGGCAAAAUGCAGAAAGGUCAUAGGCCAUUUCAACCAUAGCCCACCGAACGCACUGGAGCUCGAACAACAGCAAAUUGCACAUUUUCAUAAAAAAGAGUCACUUACACAGGACGUAUCAACAAAAUGGAACAGUAACCUGGAGAUGAUCAAGCAUGUUCUGAGAAAUCAAGAACCACUGAGAGAUGCACUGGCACUACAUCCAACCAAUGUCACAAUGCCAACAACAGCUGAAGUGGAGAAACUGAAGAAGCUGGAGACGGUUCUUGAACACUGCAGGUAUAUAACUGAACUUUUGGGAGGGGAGAAGUUUGUUUCCUGCUCAGUGGUGUUGCCAGCUUUGUGUCACCUGUCGCGAGUGAUGGAGGUCUCUGAGUAUGACCCAGCUUACAUGGUUAAAUUCAAGGAGACCUUUAAAGCAGAAAUGGAGAAGCACAAGGAAAAAACUAACAUCAUGUGGCUCAGGGUUGCAACAGCACUGGAUCCUAGGUUUAAGGGUCUUAAGUGUCUAAGCAGAGCUGACAGGGCUGAGGUGUGGCGCUUGAUCAGUGCGUUGCUCAGGGAGAGGCAGAGGCCUGCACAGCCUGAACAACCAGCAACAUAUGAGCCAUCUAAGAAAAGAUCAGCUCUCAUGUUUGCCUCGGAGUCUUCAUCUGAUGAAGAGGAGGACUAUAUUGAGAAAUGUGUGGAGCGAUACAGGGCAGAGCCAACUAUUGACAUAGAGGACUGUCCCCAGAAAUGGUGGUCCAAGCAUGAAGGGGCACACAGUGAGAUGGCCUACCUUGCACGCAUGUACUUGGCAACACCUGCCACAUCCAUACCAUGUGAGAGGUUAUUUUCACUUUCUGGGCAUGUUUUUCAGAACAAGCGAGCUGCCCUGUCAUCUCAAAAUGUUAAGAUGCAUGUCUGUUUGAGCAAUUGGGUUAGUGCAAAGUAAUAGUGACAACCCAUGUACUGUAUGUUCUAGGGUUUUUUUUCUUUGUUUCUCUUAUGUGCUGUUUCCAUGUUCAGGUUUUAUUAGGAAAAAAGGAGGAAGAAGCUUGGGUUGCUCAGCCUCUGCUUAAAAACAAACAAACUGGAGAGCAAAAAGAAGUAUAGCCAAAUUGUUUUAUUCAUACCCUAACUGCACUCCUUGUUUUGAUCCCACUCUAAUGGUAAAUUAAACAGUUACAUUGUGUGGGAGUAUAUGAUUCCUUUCGGCAUAAUUUUGAGUAUUCAGUACCUUUGAGGCUUUGCUGAACAGUAUUCUGGAUUUCUCAUUGUAUUUUUCAUUGUUUUGAAUUGUUGCGAUUAAAAAUAAACACAUAUUUGCA